AUAAAGGUAGCCAGUAUGAGGAAGUUGUUGGUGCUUGCUGAACUGUCGACCAGUCAACGUUUCUUCAAUACCUGCUCAUUCUUCAAAAUGAAACGAAUCACUUUGCUCGUUCUCUUCGUCUACAUGACGAUGUGUACAGCGGAGGAUUCAACAUGGUCAGGCGACGGUGGAAGCAACGGUAAAGAUAAUUGUGGAGACAUCGACAAUGACAAACAUAAUGGCGGAAACGUCGACCAUUAUGAUCACAAAGAUUAUAAUAAUGGCGAUGGUGAACACUGCGAUGCUGACAAUGGUGGAAACUACGAUCAUUCUGAUCACAAAGACUAUAAUAAUGGCGAUGGUGAACACUGCGAUGCUGACAAUGGCGGAAACUACGAUCAUUCUGAUCACAAAGACUAUAAUAAUGGCGAUGGUGAACACUGCGAUGCUGACAAUGGCGGAAACUACGAUCAUUAUGAUCACAAAGACUAUAAUAAUGGCGAUGGUGAACACUGCGAUGCUGACAAUGGCGGAAACUACGAUCAUUCUGAUCACAAAGACUAUAAUAAUGGCGAUGGUGAACACUGCGAUGCUGACAAUGGCGGAAACUACGAUCAUUCUGAUCACAAAGACUAUAAUAAUGGCGAUGGUGAACACUGCGAUGCUGACAAUGGCGGAAACUACGAUCAUGAUAAUAAUCACAUGAAACGCGACGAUAAAGACCAUCAUAAAAAAGACGGCAGUGUCAAACGUAAAGGUGAUCAAAGCCAUCAUCUUAAAUUGUUUGAUUUCGACUCAAAGAAAACUUUUCCACUUUAAUAUGCCUAACACCAAUAUUACAAAGGCGAGCGCUGAGUUUCAGCUAUUAUUGCUUAUUAGGUUCUUGCCGCGGUCUCAGUGGCGUGAAUCAUAUCAAGUAUCCCAUAGUCUAAGUUACCGUAUAACCCAUCCGUGUACCAAACUUUAUUUUAAUCCGUAGAAUAGUUUUUGCGUGAAAGAGUAACAAACGUCUAUCCAUAAUUACAUCCUCACGAACAUUCGCGUUUAUAACCUCACUGAUUUCGGUAUGCCAAAUAAAUAAUUCAAUCUUAA